AUGGACUCUGUUGGCGAGAAGCGGCCAAGGUCUCAACCGGAACCCGAGCUGGCAUUGAAAGGCACAAAUGAGUCGAACAGAAGGACUUCGAUCAUUUCCAAGGCGGGCGAGAUCAUCAAUGCUUCUGGCCAUCGAGACCAACUGAAGCGUCAGUAUGGGUUGUUGGAGAUCUGUGGACUGGCACUCACCAUCGACAACGCUUGGAUUGCCUUCGCAGGCUCGCUUUCUGUAUCCGUCCUCAAUGGCGGACCUCCUGGCAUCCUCUACGAAUAUAUUCUAGCGUCUUCAUACUACGCCUUGAUAGGCGCGAGUAUUGCCGAGCUCGCUUCUGCGAUUCCGAGCAGUGGCGGUGUAUACCACUGGGCAUCAGUUACUCCUGGGCCCAGCUAUGGUCGAAUGUUGGGCUUCUUUACCGGUACGUGGGCAUCAGAUCGCUUCACAUACGAAGUGAAGAUCGAAGCUGAUUCUAUUUGUGAUUAGGCUCACUCAACUUCUUCGGAUGGAUAUUCGACCUGGCGUCCAUCAUCAGCAUCCCGGCAAAUGUCGUGGUUCAGAUGUAUGCGCUCUUCCAUCCAGACUUCGUCAUCGAACCAUGGCACUCAUACGUUGCUUUCGUCUGCAUCUUGUGGCUGGUCACGGCGUUCGUCAUUCUCUGCAAUAGGCUCAUACCAUACUUGCAACAUGCUGGUCUGUUCCUUAUCAUUGUCGGUGGACUGGUGACCAUCAUAGUUCUUGCCGCGAUGCCAAAGCAACACGCCACCAACUCCUUUGUCUGGACGGACUGGACAAACCUGACUGGCUUGCCCGACGGAGUCGCAUUUCUUGCUGGUGUGCUAAAUGGAGCUUUCACCAUCGGGACACCAGACGCCGUUACCCAUCUCGCAGAGGAGUUGCCAAAUCCGAAGGUGGAUCUGCCAAAGGCCGUCUUUGCCCAAGUCGGACUUGGCUUUGUAACAGCAUUCGUCUUCGCAAUCACGCUCUUCUACGGUAUCAACGACCUGGACGCAGUGGUCAACAGCAAUGGCUCCUUUCCGCUAGCUGAAGCAUACGCACAAGCGACAGGUAGCCGAGGCGCAACUUUCGGCCUGUUGCUGAUUGUCUUCCUUUCCAUUAUGCUUUGUGCGGUCGGUACGGUCCUCAUGCUCGGUCGUCUCUGGUGGGUCCUAGCCCGCGACAACGCGACGCCAUUUCCCGCCUUCUUCUCUCAGGUCAAUGAGAAGCUAUCUUGCCCAGUCCAAGCAACGAUCUUGUGCUCCAUCCUAACGACAGGCUUCGGCGCUAUUCAGCUUGGUUCCUCAAAAGCCUUCACGGACCUCGUAGGCUCUUUCAUCAUUCUGACAUCGACAUCCUACUUGCUCGCGAUACUGCCACACGUUCUGACGAAGCGGCAAAAUGUACCACCUGGACCGUUCUGGAUGGGCUUUACUGGAUACAUCGUCAAUGGUGCGGCUUGCGCACUCAUUGUGUUCUUCAACAUUUUCUUCUGCUGGCCUUAUGCGUAUCCUGUCACUGUAUCGGGCAUGAAUUGUGAGUCCAGUAGCCUGGAUGCCGUGGUGGAGUUGUUUUGAUAGCUAACGCGGUGACAGAUAACUCCGUCAUUCUUGUGGGCGUCGUGGUGCUUACGAUAUUCUGGUGGAUUGUACACGGACUGAGGAAAUAUCCAGGGCCAAAGUUGGCUCAGUUGUAUAUUGAAGGUGUGUGA